AAAGUAAAGCUAGGAGAACAGUUUGGUUCGACGGUGGAAAAGCAACGUAAAGUUACUAAUUUGUGUUUCAUAGGCUAGCACAUAAAUAGUCAGUUAAUGAUGCAUUGAGAUCGUGGUGUCAUGCGCUAUAAAUGAUAACUGACAGGCGUACUUUUUUGUAUCACGACGGAGACGUAUACUGAACGUAGUUUAGGCUGGCACGAUUCGCGUUAAAUUUUUAUUGAAACAAAGUCGUUUUAGACACCACCAACAACAUGAAGACAAUCUCUUUACUCUUUAUUGUCUCUUUAUUCAUCUACGGUGUGUUUGGUGAUGCAGAUGAAGUGAAGUCAGUGUCAGUGAUGGAGGGAGAUUCUGUCACUCUACACACUGAACUUACUGAACUACAGAGAGAUGAUGUGAUCGAGUGGGUGAUUGGAAAUAAACAGGAUGUCAUAUUUAAAUUUGACAGAGAGACAAAUAAGGUUUUCUCUAAUGGCACUGAUGGGAGAUUCAGAGACAGACUGCAGGUGGAUGAUCAGACUGGAGAUCUCACAAUCGUAAACGUCCGAUCUGAACACACUGGGCUUUACAAACUAGAGAUCCACAGCAGAGGGGUUACAACAAAGAUAUUUAAUGUACAGGGUGUGUUUGGUGUUCCAGAUGAAAUGAAGUUAGUGUCUGUGAUGGAGAGAGAUUCUGUCACUCUACACACUGAUGUUCCUCUUAUCAAGAACUAUGAUGUGAUAUGCUGGAGGUUUGAAAACUCUCCUCUAGUUGAGCUUGACAGAAAGACUGCAGUCGUCCCUGAAUAUAAUGCAUAUGAUGAGAGAUUCAGAGACAGACUGCAUAUGGAUCAUCGGACUGGAUUUCUCAUCAUCUCAAACAUCACAACUGAUCUUUCUGGACUUUAUGAAGUAAAGAUCACGAACAGCAGAACACACACCAUACACCAGUCAUUCAGGAUUACUGUCAGUGAUGCAAUAAAGUCAGUAUCAGUUAUGGAGGAUGACUCUGUCACUCUGUACACUGAUACUGACAUACAGACCUAUUAUUUGAUACAGUGGAUGUUUGGAGGUGAAGGCACUUGGAUAGCUAAAGUAUUAAAAGCAGACAAACUGUUCACUGUAUAUAAUGGUGAUAAUGAGAUAUUCAGAAACAGACUGAAGCUGAAGGGUGAGACUGGAUCUCUCACCAUCACAAACAUGACAACUGAAGACUCUGGAGAAUAUCGCAUGAACAUUAGCAGCAGAAGACGAUCCAUUCACAGGAGAUACACAGUUAAUGUCAGGGAACCGGAUUGGUCUUCAGGUGAAAUGGUGGGCCUUUGCAUUUUAUUCCAGAAUGUUAUUCCUGCUGGUAUUGCUGCUGCUAUUAUUGGUGUUGGUGCUGUGAUAUACUUUUGCUUGGUUUCGAUAUGCAAGAUCUCUGAUCAAAGGAAACUAGUGGGUAAAGAGUCAGUGUCAGUGAUGAAGGGAGAUUCUGUCACUCUACACACUGAUGAUAUUGACAUACAGAGAGAUGAUCAGAUAGAGUGGUGCUUUGAAGGUACUGGGAGGAUAGCCAUAAUCAAUAGAAAGAAGAACAAGAUCUGUACCUAUGAUAACGAUAAGCCUUAUGGGAGAUUCACAGACAGACUGGAGCUGGAUGUUCAAACUGGAUCUCUCACCAUCACAAACAUGAAAACUGAAGACUCUGGACUUUAUGAAGUGAAGAUCAGCACCAGCAGAGGAAAAUCAUACUCUCUGUUCACUGUUAGUGUCAUAGACGGUGAAAGGCCAGUAAAAUUGGGAGAUUCUGUCACUCUAUAUACUGGUGUUACUAAAAUACAGACAAACGAUCUGAUACUGUGGACAUUUACAGCUGAAAACAAUCUUAUAGCUCAAUUUACCAGAGGGGCCUUAUAUUAUAGCUAUACUGAUGACGGAUUCCGUGACAGACUGCAGCUGAACCAUAACACUGGAUCUCUCACCAUCACAGACAUCACAACUCAACACUCUGGACUUUAUGAAGUCCAUAUUUAUAGCAAUAGAGAGACAAAAAACAGGAAAUACAAUGUUACCAUCUAUGUGAAAGCUGAGAAGGGAAAAUCGGUCACUCUACACACUGAAGCUGAGAUACAGAGAGGUGAUUGGGUGAAAUGGACCUCAGAGAAAAAAAAAAAACUUACUCUAGUAACUGGAAUGAAUGGAGAGAGAAACGACACCAUAUAUACAGAUAAUAAGAGAAUGAAAGGUAGACUGGAGAUGAACCCUGAAACCGGAGAUCUUACCAUCACAAACAUCAGACAGAAAGAUGAGGGAGUUUACACACUGAAACACAUCCACUCUGAUGGAAGAAUCUCAUACAGGACAUUCAGUGUUUAUGUCAAUUGUGAUGUGAAGUCAGUAAUGGAGGGAGAUUCUGUUAAUCUAGACACUGAUGUGCCUGAACUACAGUCAGAUGAUCUGAUCGAGUGGCUGUUUGGAGAUAAAAAGGUCAUUGCUAAAUUCAGCAGAAAGGACGACACGUUCUUAUCACAUGCUGAUGUUCUUGAUGGGAGAUUCAGAGACAGACUGCAGGUGGACGAUCAGACUGGAUCUCUCACCAUCACAAACAUCACGACUGAACACUCUGGACUUUAUCACCUGAGGAUCAGCACCAGGGGUACACAGGAAAAAUCUCGAUUUAGGGUUAUUGUCAGUAAAUAUAGUCGAAAACAGAGAAACUGAAUCAGCAACGUCUGUGAUUCAAGAAGAUGAAGCUUUACUGAAUGAAGCAUAAGAUGCUGAGCUGAUAAAUGCAUAACACCACAAGUGUGUAACAACUUCAACACCUUCACUGUAAAAUCUGUUUAAACAGGGCACAACAUACUGUAUUAUACAAAGAAUUUUCUGGAUUGUUUUUUUAGUUGUUUUAUCUGUAUUUUAAAUGUGGCACUGCAUUGCGUUGCGUUUUAGCAUUCAUGAAAAUGUCUGUAAAAAUGGAUACAGUACUGGCAUGAAAUUACCAGUACAAUUUUUUUUUACAGUGUAGAGUAACACAUUUAUUUGGCUGCUUUCAUGAACUGUCCUGUUCAAAUGAGAAAUAAACGCAUGUGUGCUGUUGAGAUCUAGUUCUUUUAAAGUUUG